AUGGCGUUCCUGAAACUGAUCUUUCCGUUUGCCUCUCAGUAUCUCGUAGAGAACUCUCCAGCUGGGGAAACAACAAAAGCAAACAUAUCACAAGCACUCGAGGUGCUAGACUUGCCAGCGAAUGAUAAAGUGGUCAUUGUUGGACCAGACAGAGUGGAGAAAACAUCCCUAGUAUUUCAAGCAGCAGUAAGCUCCGCAGCUUCAGGCAUCAAGACAGCAUACAUAUGCACUCACCCACUGCGGCGGCUUCCCACUUCCAUCCACGGCAUGGUGGCACCAGAACCCAGUGUCAUGAAAAAUGUGGACUUUAUAUAUCUGGAAGAAGCCAGUGAGCUGAUUGGCUGGUUUGCUGGAGCUCACACAAGGACAAACUUCCCUGGCUGUAUUAUAGUUGAAGAUAUACUGACAUAUGCCUCCCAGCUCUGUGACAGAAAUUUAGAGAGAAGUCUGGCAAAAUUGUGUGCAAUCAUUACUGACUCUGUGGCCUGGAUUGCAUCUCACACAGAACUAAAGCGUUGUAAUGUUUUGCUGACUGCACCUUCUAGGAUUGCCUCCCUUUCAAAUGUGUUGUCUUUGUUUCAUUUCACAAUAGCCACCUAUGAAGGUCCAGGCAAGGGAAUGGAUUCUUUGCUAAGCUAUGAAACAGACCAGUGUUCUGUCACUGUCAGAUUCUGUCGUAAGAAAGAUGUCAUCUGCAUGACGAGUGUUCACACAUCGAUGCUUAAUAAAUCAUGA